UUCAUCUGGAGUGAUUCCAAGGAGGCCAGGCCACCCUCUAGCUGGGGCCCGUAACACAGCAGGGAGCAACUCUGCCUGGGUCCUGCGCUCAGACAGGGCCCCUUCUUCCUUCUCUGUGCUCAGCCCUCUGCAGCUCAGAGACAUCAAGGAACUUACUCCAGGCCACACAGCUGAAGCCAGGCCCUUGUGGUUUCAAGGCCCUGUUCCUUCUGCGGCCGGCCCCGCCUCUCUCCUGAUGGCUCUUCCCUGCUCAUGACUCACAGGAGCGGCCUAGGACUCUUCUGCCUUCUGGGUGGAAUGUUCUGGUUCCCAGGACUGGGUGUGGACAGAACAGAGACCACAGGGGCCGCUGGGCUGUGUUGAGUCCCCUGGGCAGACAGUGUUUCCUCGAUAAGCUCCCACCAGACUCCAGAGUCAACCUCAGACAAGCACGUCAGCUGCGUCCCCAGUGGGGUCAGGCCACAUACUGGGCCGGGAGCUGAGACAGCUACCCACACUGGUGCUGCCCGCCACCUUCCCCGCCUCCUUCUUACUUGUACCAGGGAAAGCCAGGCCCUGCCACUGAGAGAAGGAACUCUCCCUUAAAGAGAAUGAUUAAGCUGUGGGCACCCCCUGGGGGCUGAAAUGGGUCCUUUCCUUACAGUGGUGCCCUUUGAGCUGGGAGAGGCGCCAGGUCCUGCCACCUCGGCCAGCACCCACCUCCAGACCGCCUCCUUCUGCCUUUCACACAGGGUGGGGCCGGGGGGGCCUUUAUUCCUUCCUCACUCCCCAGGUGCCCCACUGAGCUCUGGCAUUCAUCCCCCAGCACCCGAGCCAGCAAUGGCAGCUCCUUUCAAACCCCCAGAGAAGCAGAGCCUGGAUGAGGCGGUCCUCAGCCCCUUUGUGGGGGACUCGGUUCCCAGGCCUUUGAUCUCCCAGGCUUGCAGGAGUGGCUGCCAUAAUGUGGGUAUUGUGACCUCUGCACACCAAGCCCAUUGUGGGCGUCUCUCUCCAGGCCUGGGCACCUGAAAGCCCAUGAAAGCCUACUUGUCACGAGGAGAAGUUACAGUAUCUUGAGGAAAAGGGCCCUCCCCCUGGAAACACAAUGGAGGAAGAUCUGUGGGAAGCCAGCGCUUUUGUGUGGGAGAACACAGCAUGCUGAGUGGUCUGCAUGUUUGCUCCAAGGGCCCUGGGAGCAGCCAGGGCAGCAGUCUGGAAGCUUUGGGAACUAGAAAGGAAAGUGACUGCUUUGGAAGAGAGCCAUACAUCAUACGCCGUCCUCCAACACGAGCCUCAGACUCCUCUCUCUCUCUCCCAAGUCUUGCGUAUCAGUGGGUGAGGCUCACUUCUCAAGCCCAUCGGCCUGGCUCAGAAGAAGAGAGACUUCCCAAGAAUCCCCGUGGGGUCAAGACACCCCUGGGCAGGUGCGGGCCCCCCCCAUCCCCCGGAGAAACCACUCCUCUGGCUCUGGUUACCUCCCCCAGGAGGUUUCUUCCUGAGUCUGAGACUGAGGUCAGCACGGCACCCUCCCCUCAGCAGGCCGUACAAGGAAGACAAGCGUCUGGGCAGCACCUGCAACAUGACAGGCGCCCAGCCGAUGGCCAGGUCCCUGCCACGGCCCAGCUCACCUGCUUGUGUCCUGACAUCUGCCUGGAUCGUCCCGCCCAAACUCAGGGAGCCGAGCUCGGAAUCCUACUACCACUUGCUGAGGGACCUUGGACAAGCACACACUUCCUGGGUUUCCAUUUCUUCGCCUGGAAAAUGGGAAUAACACCACUAUCUACCUCACGAAGUGGUCAUUUGGAUGAUCUGAUUCAGAAAACACCACAUAAAGUCCUCGGCCUGCACCAGGGGUCUCUUCCUCCCCCGGCCUGGUGGCCACAGCUCCAGUGGGGCCUCACCCACCUGCAGGAUGAGCAACAUCUGGACAAUGGAUGAGGGUGGCUGGGACUGGGCCAGCAGCAGCAAAUCACCCAG